CCGGUCACAUGACACACGCCAUUCAGUUCCUGUCAACCGGUAACUAAAGAAGCAUUGCAGAUCAUCCCAGGCAUGUGCGAAGCGGUGUUGAAAACGUACGAAUGGUGCAUUUCCUGUGAAACAUGGGAAAUUCUGAGAGUCUGUUGAGUGAGGGGGAGAUUCUUGAACUUCAUAAAUCUACAGAAUUUUCAGUAAGGGAGAUUAAUGAGUUGUUGGAGAGGUAUGCACAGUUCAUCACACAGCCUAGUGCUGGUAAUGAAAAAGACGUCCAAGGACUGACAGUUGACGAAUGCUUGAUGAUACCAGAGUUUUCUGGCAGUCUUUACCUGCGGCCAGUCAUUGAGAAAUUCUUAGAUGAAUCCCAGACGUAUUUGCUGCCAUACAAGUUCAUUCAGUUGUGUGCGCUUCUUAGCCCACAUACAGAUGUACAGAAGAAGAGAUCAUUUUUGUACAAUCACCUACAUUUGCUCAGGGAUGUUGUCUUGACCCAUGAGGGAGUUUUCCGUCUUUUAAAACAGCUGUACUCCAAUAGCCUUUCUGAUGACCGCUUACUGGACAUUACCUGUCAAAUUAUGAAUGACCCAAGACUGGCUGCUCCAGGCCAAAUACACAAAAAUGAGUUGGACAAGUUUUCUAUUUCAGAUGAUUACAAACAAUGAAAUCAGAAAUCAUCUCACCAUAGACUUCUACUUCACGUGAGAGGCUCCUGAGGGGGAUGGUUACAACUGCGCAGAAUGAAUGCCGAAUCUGGGACAUCAUUCAGUGGCUCAUGCAUAUUCAUAGACAGCUAUAAGUACAUGACAGAGGUCAGAGGCCUGGAUUCAUGUUGUGGAGGACUUUAGACCUGUUUAGGAGUGACUUUGUUAUGAAUGUUUCAUCAUGUUUAAAUUUCACAUCCAUUCCAACAUUAUUUGGUUGUACAACAGUAGUAUCCCCUUGCUAAAGAACACUUUCAGUGCUGUGAUGUUAUAUUUAGUGCUGCUUCACUGAAAAAUCACCCAAAGAAACAAUGAAAAAUUUGACUGGGUGUGCGAUGAUCAGUUUUUUGUAAAAAAAAAAACACAUAUAGCCUUUUUAUUUAUUUAAUUGGGGUUUUAUGCUGUACUCAAGAAUAUUUCACUUACAUGACAGUAACCAGCAUUGUGGUGGGAGGAAACCAGGCAGAACCUGGGGGAAACCCUUGACCAUCUGCAGGUUGCUUGCAGUAAUUCCCACAUACAGCCGGUAUAGCCUCUUUAAAACCUGCAUAAAAUCUUUCCUUGAAAAUUGCAAUUUGGUCCAGGAAAACUCCUGGAAUAUCACUUAUAUUUCUCUGUACAAACCGUGUGAAUACCAACCCCGUACAUCACGCAAAACACCAGGCAAAAUUUGUAACCACCUGACAGGU